AUGGCGCUCUUCAAUGGCAAGCUACUUGACGCUUACUUUAUCCGCCCCUUUUACAAGAUGAUGCUAGACCUGCCCAUCACCUUGGAAGACAUUGAAGCGGUGGACAUUGAGUACUACAACAGCCUACGCUGGCUGCUGGACAAUGAUCCCGAGCCCCUGUGCCUCACUUUCCAGGUCGACCACGAUGAGUACGGUGAGAUGGUACAUACCGAUCUCAAGCCUGGCGGGGCAGACAUUGACGUGACCAAGGCUAACCGACAAGAGUACGUGGAUCUGGUGAUUAAGCACCGAUUCGUCAAUCGCAUUCAGGAGCAAAUGACCGCCUUCAUGCGUGGCCUGACCAUGAUUAUCCCACAAGAGGACUUGUCGGUGUUCGAUCCCAGUGAGCUCGAACUGCUUAUUGGCGGCAUCUCCGCCAUCGAUGUCAACGACUGGCGCACCCACACCAAGUUUCUUGACGGGUAUACCACAAGCAGCCCGCCGGUCAAAUGGUUUUGGGAGGCAGUCCACUCGUUUACCAAAGAGCAACGAGCUCGUUUGCUCCAGUUUGUCACGGGCACCUCGAGGGUACCCAUUGGUGGUUUUGCCGAAUUGUACGGCUCCAAUGGCGCGCAAAAGUUUUGUAUCGCCCGGCGCGGUGUGCCGCCUGAGUUACCACGCAGCCACACCUGCUUCAACCGUAUCGAUCUGCCGCCAUACGAAAGCUACGCUAUUCUGCGCAAAAAGCUUUUGCUGGCUGUUGAAAAUACACAGGGCUAUGAUGGAGUGGACUGA